AUUUAUAUUUUUGUGUAUUAAAAUUGAAUAUCGAAAGCGUUAAAAUUGAUUUGUGGAUACAUUUUUAAUGAUUGCAUGAUAAAAAAAAUGUAUGUAAUAAAAGAAGCGAUCAUCCAGUGAAUAUACAUGUGUACAAAACAUUCAAAUCACGUCUGAAAACCAAUUUGUUGAUGAGAUAUAUCAAGAAAAGAAAAAGAGUUGUUGGUACAUAAUUGAUCAUGAGUGUAUGAAAUGUUAGGAAUGCUAACAUUAAGUAAAUGUGUAACAGGUGUAGAAUCUUUGCCGCAUCGUUUGCAAUUGCUUCAUCAUUGCGUUCUCGUCAUUAUCAACGAUGUUCAGUGAAUGAUGGCCACUCAUCUCAGUUCGUCGUGUUGUAAUUAACCCGUUCGCUUGUUUUCUAUCGCACGAAUACGAAUAAGAAAAGAAAAAGAAGAAAAAGUUAUUAAUAAACCGAAAGUUCGAUGACAGCAACCAAAGAGAACAAGUGAUAAAAACCAAUGAAAAAGGAAUAAAUGGAAGAUCAAGAAAACACCUAACUUGUUUUAGAAUAACUAUCAUCAUUAUCAUACUCAUGCAUCGAUUAUUCGGAACGUGAACGAUUGCAUAAAAACAAGAAUACAAACACUGUUGUCAACAUUUCGUUCACCGUUCAAUCGGUUAAACAAGUGAUUUCUUUGCGUAUUCGAUAUAAAUAGGCGACUUUAUAUGAAAAAAAAAAUUCGAUAACUCGUCAAUUUGCAAAGAAAAUACGGUGAAAGUUUAAUACUCACAUUUAUACAUGAUCAGAAUGGAUCACAUCAACGUUUAACAAUGGACGCAGAUGUAAUAAAGGCAUUGAAAACUCAAGCUGCCUACUUGGCGGGCAAUCGAGAUCGUCCGAUAAUAAUUGUAAAAUCACCUGCUGCGGAAUUAAAGUCAACAUGGAAAAAACAACCGUUAGACCUGUGCCUUCAGUAUUUAAUUAGCAGUUUGAGCAAAGAGACUGUAGACAGUGAACUAAAUAUCAUCAUUGAUAUUCAGUUAUGCUCGUGGCGAUAUGCGCGGAAUACAAUCCAAUAUGUAAAUGAAUUGCUGAAUAAUAAAAAUGCUAAAUUUUAUGCUGUUCGGGCUGAAGCAUUUGGUUUAGACAAUUGUACAAAAGCCCACCAGUAUAUGGAUGUGUCAGUUGUGACCAAAUUGAGAUUAUUGAAAUAUUUCAAAAGUGAAGAGCUUCCAGAAGAGCUGGGUGGAUCGCUAUCUUUAAAUCAUGAACAAUGGUUAAAGAGUCGAAUCCGCAUUGAAGAUUUUCGAAAAUCCUUCAACAAAGUUAUUGUUGAUUUAGACAAUUUCAUCGAGUCAAUGCAAGACCUCAAAACAAUGCGACCCACGGAGAUCAGUGAGAUUUUAAAAAGAAGAUCCGGCACAAAUAUUGAAAUGCAAAACAUCGUUAAAAUGAUCAUAAAAAAUGGUAAUAAAUUGUUGCUCGAAUUGAAUGAUUCGUUGAAUAAAAAUUAUUGCAAAACACGAGAUAUUAUCGAUGCAAGAGAGUCGAUCAAACGUAUGCUCAAUAAGAUGGAGCAAAAGCAAAUGGAUUUCUCGGCGAUCUGGUGUGAGUUUGAGACGUACUUAUCAAAUUUGAAAGUGGCAACGUCGCUCAUCGACAACAUUGGCACGAUUACAAAAUGGAUUAUGGGCAAAGGCGAAGAGUUAAUUAGUGAACAGCAUAAAAUCGGUGCAGACUUGGAAACAUCUGAAGCAUUACGUGAUGCGCAUGAUGCGCUCGAAAUGAAAUGUUGCGAUACGUAUGGAUAUUAUGCUGAAUUAAAUUUUAAAAUUCAAAUGUUUACGAGCGAAAAAGAUUCAAUAACAGCCAAUUCGGUAACGUACAAAGAUUUACUAGCUCAAAAACAAUUUAUGGACUUUUUGUGUCGCAGUUUUGCGAAUCGUUUGGAAAAGCGUCGCAUCAUUUUAAUCACAUGUGUACGAUUUUAUCGGCUUGUCACUACGUAUUUUGAGCGCACAAGUCAAGUUUGGAAGCAAAAUAUUGUCGGUAAUAAACUGUUUGACUAUGAUAUGUGCAUGAAAAAAUUGAAAUCAUUGCGCGAAUCAAAUAAUAAUCUGGAACGAAUGGUGGAUGAAUUAGAAAAAGAAGGCGAAAAAUUAAGCGAUCUACUAUCGAUGCCGGUGAAAGAUGUGCUUGGACGUGACACAGGAGUUGAUUACACCGAUGAAAUUUCCGUAGUACGAGAUAUUCUUCAAGAAACAACAAAUCGGCGACGUAUUUUUUCGGAGAGUUUUGAACUACAAACAUUGACAUUUGAACAAAUUAUCUCGAUUUAUUCGUAUGAGAAAGAUGCAAUGAUGGCAAGUAAAUGGAUCGAUGACUUAUUAGCAAUUACGAUAAAAACACAUUCAUACGUCGGAUGCAAUAUAUUCGAAAUCCAAAGACAAAAACAAAACCUUCAAAAUAUUCAACAAACCGCCAGAAGAAUCUUUGAUUACGGAAAUCAGCUUUUGGAAGCGUCAAUGGCCUUACGUAUAAAUUGUAAACUGGAUGAUUCGCAAAGUCGUGAAAAAAUGAAAAGUCUACUCGAAACUUGGAAAAGUUUAGAAAAUAUAAGUCAGGAGCAACUGUGCCGAUUGAGGGUCAGUUCUGUAUUUCAUCGCACUAUGGAAGAACACUGCCAACAGCUAAAGGACUUGAAGGAAACUAUUGAGGCCGAAUCCGAAUAUGAAAAUAAAGAGGAGAAAUUGUUGCGGUUACGUCUACAUAUGCUUAAUCGAGAGCAAUUGAUUCUUGAAAUCGGUCGAAUGGUGCGGCUGGGAAAAUUGCUUAGGUCACGAUUGAAGGAACCAUUUGGGAAAAUCGAAGAUGAAAGCGAUUCAGCACUUCCAAUAACACAACAUGUUGAAAGCAACAUGAUUGCAGCCAAUGCCAUUACUGGAAAAUUAAAUGAGGUCUCCAAAAUAGCGGAGUCGCUUGAUGUUGCUUUGAGAGAAACUCAAACCAUUCUUGAGCUUGACAUUGGCCAAACAAACUCUUUAGAACGGAAAAUCGACGGAAACACAAGUAUUGACAGUCGAGGAAGCAUCGAUGAACUAAAUUCAUUUGCAAAAUCUUCAACGGAAGAUGAAUCAUUUAUGACAGCAUCUGAAUGCACCUUAACGCCACAUUCACAUUCGUCAUCAUAUGAAACAGCUUCGGAAGGUGGUCUAAUGUCGCCAUGGGCGAGCAGUGGAACGGAUAAAAAUUCAUUUGAAACAUGCAGCAGUUCUGACUCUGAGGUGCCAUCAAUGCAACUACUCUCUGGUGUUAUUUCAUCGGCAAUCAAUUCAUUUUAUGAUUCGGACAACAGUUUUCAAUCGAUUUAUAAUUCAAGUGAAGAUGUUGAUGAUGAUUUGAACAGUUGCACGAAGAACAAGAGUAUUGAAUGUUCGGAUUUAUCUGAUGUGUUUAUUAAAGCUACAAAACAUACUGUCAAGGGUUGUUUGUAACCCUGAUAAUAGGCUAAUUUAGUUUUUGUUUAUACAAUUCGAAAUUUCAUAUUACAAUCAUUUUCACACUAGUUUUAUUAUAUACACUUUGGCAUUUUUAGAUGGAAUAUUUUGAAUGUAAGAAUGUUUAUGAGAAUACAUCCCCAUAAAUAUAAAUUGAAAAUUAACAGUUCUUCAUUUGGAAGUGGAACAACUCUCGUUAAUAAAAUAUGCUGACAACAUUCACGACGAAU